ACAAGCACAAAGCAAGCAAGCACAGAUCAGGCAAGCACAAAGUGGGCAAGCACAAAGUUGGCAAGCACAAAGUAAGCAAGCACAAUGCAGGCAAGCACAAGGUUGGCAAGCACAAGAUGAGCAAGUACAAGGCAGCCAAGUGUAUAAUGAGCAAGCACAAAGUGGGCAAACACAAAAUAAGCAAGCUAAUAAUAGACAAGAACUAGGUAGACAAGUGAAUAGUAGGCAAGCACAAGAUGGACAAAUGAAUGCUAAACAAGCACAAG